UUGGAUACCGAAGGUCAAGGGCGCUCACGGGAGGCCGGGGGUGCUCGCCCCCACACCCUCCACAUGGGCGUGGCUCCGGAUAGAAAUAGAGUCGGCGAUACAGUUUGUCAACACACGCCCACGGAACAGAGCCUCGACCGGGCCGGGCCGGGGGUACGGGACACCCCGCUACAGGGUGUGGAGGACACCCCGCGUGGAGGACAGCCCCCUCACCCCUCACCCCUCACCUCUGAUGGGUUCCAGGAAAUCACUGGACUGACCGUUUGCUACACUGACGUUGAUGGUCCGUCUGUUCGGUUCAGUGUGAGUGUCGUCUCCGCCCCGUUCACCUCUUCAACUGAGCGACCUUCGCUGAGGAUGUCCAACACUCCGUCAGCUGUGGCCGCAGGAACCAUGGAAAGUGGUAACAUUGACCUUGAACCUCAUCCAUCACUACAAGUGUCUUGUUACUUGAUAGCCAUCUCUCUUGACUACUCAGAGUCGAUGUAA